GAGCGCUUCCGGUUUCCGGCUGCGGGGGAAGGGGUGGGGCCAAGGCCGGAGUGGGAGAGUUUGGCGGCAGCGGCUGGGCGUUCGUGGUGUCUGUGGAAAGCUCUUGGAAACAAGCUCACAUCUCCCUGUUGGAAACCUAGCAACAGGAUGAGUCUGCAGUGGACUGCAGUUGCCACCUUCCUCUAUGCAGAGGUCUUUGCUGUGCUGCUUCUCUGCAUUCCCUUCAUUUCACCCAAAAGAUGGCAGAAGAUUUUCAAGUCCCGCCUGGUGGAGUUGGUGGUGACUUAUGGCAACACCUUCUUUGUGGUUCUCAUUGUCAUCCUUGUGCUGCUGCUCAUUGAUGCUUUCCGUGAGAUCCGGAAGUACGAUGACGUGACAGAGAAGGUGAACAUGCAGAACAACCCUGGGGCCAUGGAACACUUCCACAUGAAGCUUUUCCGUGCCCAAAGGAAUCUCUACAUUGCCGGCUUUUCCUUGCUGCUGUCCUUCCUGCUUAGACGCCUGGUGACUCUCAUAUCCCAGCAGGCCACACUGCUGGCCUCCAAUGAAGCCUUUAAAAAGCAGGCAGAGGGCGCUAGUGAGGCGGCCAAGAAGUACAUGGAAGAGAAUGACCUGCUGAAAAAGGAAGCUGCUGUUAAUGGAGUUGGGUUGUCCGCCAGGGAGGUGACGUUGGAGUCAGCGAACAGUGACCUGCAGGCUGAUGUGAAGAAGCUGAAGGAUGAGCUGGCCGUCAACAAGCAAAAACUAGAGAAAGCUGAAAACGAGGUUCUGGCCAUGCGCAAGCAGUCCGAGGGUCUGGCCAAGGAGUACGACCGUCUGAUGGAGAUGCACACGAAGCUGCAGGCAAGAGUAGAUGGUCCCACGGACAAGAAGGAGGAAUGAGGGCCGUCUUCCCUGCCUGUGGCUGUGGCCUGGCUUGAGCUUGCUGUUUCCUGAGAGCCAGGCCUCCCUUGGCGCUUGCACUUCGCGCCUCUCACACUGCUUCCAGUUCCUUGUUCUCCCAGCACCCCACAGGGGACCGGGUUUCCACCCGCUCGGGAUGAGCUUGCUGCCGGCUUGGCCAUCCAGGAGCUAGGCGGGCACCUGGAACCCUCUCGGUGGGGCUUACUUCUUGCUGGUUUGAGUCCCUUUUUGUGUUGUGCGUUGAUAUUCAGAAAUCCAACGCCCCUUUUCCUCUGGUCCUGCAGGAGGGUGGGUGAAGCAGGCAGAGUAGAGUUUUACUUGUUGGCAAUAAAGGUUGAUAAGUUGUGUC